AUGGAUGGUAUCAUUCUUUAUCGCACUAUUUGGAUUAUUCAUCAGUUACUACAGCUCAGAUGGAUCAUACUUGAAAUUAACCUAUACGAUUACUUUUGUGAUAAUUGCACUAAUGUACUUAGACUAUUGGGAGUUAUUGCAAAUAUAAGUGAAAUUCAAGAAGUUACAGUCGAACACGAUAAUGUGCGAUACUUUGGAAUGAGCCAUCAAGUAAUGUUACAUUUCAGCCCGGGAUAUAGCUUGCCUUUAACCAAUAACAGUACAUUUGGAGAUUGCAGGCUAAGAGUCAUUAAUUCGAAAUAG